GAUCUCUUCCGGUGAGGACACAACGAGGGAUUCGAUACCUUCGCUCGUAUGACGGACUCGUUGUCGCCGGUCACCAUCACUUGCUGGCUAAGCGAGCGAGUGAAGUCGGCGUCGGGCUCCCACCCGCCACAGCUGGUAACCGAGUCAUUUACCGUUGUGUCGGUCGAGUGCGGUGACCAGUUAUCUCGCUUUCCCGCGAAAAAGGGGGCGGCUAUUUUUAACCGCAGGCAUCAACUACUCUCUACUUUGGUGCUUCGCCCUCAAAUCCCGCUACGACUUCUUCUCCUCCUCCGUCUCUCUUCUUCCUCGGUUCCAUCUGUCUCUUCUUCUUCUUUUCCUUUCCCGUAUCAGAAAACCGUUGCCUAACUAAGAAGCUCUGGCUAUGGUUUCGUGGACUAAUUUCUUAUUGAAGGGAUCAUGAUGGAGUGGUUGGGCUGUUACUCAUCUGAUACCUCUUGCAGCAAAUUGUCUUGCUGGAGUGCGACAAACGAACAAGAUUUAGGGAAAGAGCGGUGCAUGCGCCGCUGUGGGGUUAACUCUGAGCAUGCAAAUUCUGAGUUGAUCUAGUGGAUGGAUUUUUAGGUUCCAAGUGUUCUGUUUCAUUCACCUUCAAUCGCAACUGGCGCAGGAGAUAGAUAGAGACUUGACAAAGUGGGCACAUUCCGAUUGGUCUACCGGGAAGAGGUGCUUGGAGAUCCCAGAAGACUACUAUACCUUUUUGGGACACCUGAGAUACAAAAGAUCAAGUACGAUUACGGAGAAGGAAGCCAUGGGUCAGGAGAAGGGCAGAGAAAGGUGUGUGCUGGUGGGGCUUCAGAUGAAUGCCAAUGGAAGGGAAUUGCUCGACUGGGCUAUCAGCAGAGUAGCAGAGGAAGGCGACCGUGUUGUGGCAGUUCAUGUCUGCCGCGAUUCAGACCUCAAGACCACCACCACCCUAUCUCUGAUCGAAAUGUUAGAUGACCACCUGGCAGCGUAUGAAGGCUUCUGCAAUCUUAAGCAAGUUGCGUUAGUGGGCCGGGUGUCACGGGGGAACUCAAUUAGGAAGAUCUUGGUGAAGGAAGCCAAGCACCGUGAUGCCUUCAAAGUUGUAGUUGGAGCAAACAAGUACUACUCACUUGGCGGCUCGGCUUCACUAGCGAAGUAUUGCGCCAAGAAGCUCCCUCCUACCACCUCAGUAAUCGCAGUUCAGAAUGGAAAGGUCCUCUUCGAAAGAGUGAUUGCCAAGCCAUCACCAGGAGGAGAACCAAAACCCAUGGAAAAGGCUGAUAUUUCAACCCCCAGGUUGCAUAAUGUCGAAGCAGGAAUCGAUCAAAAGGAAGAGGCCAAAGACGACGACAGUCUCGGUGGAUCUGUCACGGUCCCAGUGCAGAAGCCAGCAGAGCCAAGUCUCGGUUGGCCCCUGCUUCGGAGAAGGGAUGAUGCCCGGAAGCUGUCAGUCGUGCAAUGGGUCAUGAACCUGCCAAAUAGAUCUUUAUCGUUCACUAGGCUGCAGCUGGACCUAAUCAAGGAGUUGAAUAGUGUCCUCAGUAACAAUUGCUCCAACUGCAGAUGGUUUCGAUACGAUGAACUGCAUCGUUCAACCAAUCAGUUUUGUUCAGGGAACAUGAUCGGGAAAGGAGGGAACAGCCAAGUUUACAGAGGAUGCCUUGCAAAUGGCCAACAGGUAGCCAUAAAAUUGUCAAAGCUUUCUGAAGAAGCAUCAACGAAUUUUCUUUUGGAGGUUGAUAUCAUCACCAAGCUGGAACACAAGCUCAUCGUUCCAUUGAUCGGCUUCUGCAUCGAGGAUAACACUCUCAUUUCGGUUUACGAUUACUUUCCCAAGGGAAACUUAGAAGAAAACCUCCAUGGUGAAAAUGCUAAGAGUCCACUCCCUUGGGCCGUGAGAUUUAAGGUGGCAAUUGGGGUUGCUGAGGCUCUCAGCUACCUCCACAGUGGCUGCUCUAAACCGGUGAUUCACAGAGACGUGAAGUCUUCAAACAUUCUUCUCACUGAUGAAUUUGAGCCUCAGGUAUCUGAUCUUGGAUUAGCCAUAUGGGCACCUACGAAUUCAACCUAUCUGACACACGACGAUGUGGUCGGAACUUUCGGAUACCUUGCUCCAGAGUACUUCAUGUAUGGCAAGGUCAGCGACAAGAUGGAUGUGUUUGCCUUCGGUGUUGUGCUACUUGAGCUGCUUACAGGAAGGAAACCGAUCGAUGAUGAAAACCCCAAGGGCCAAGAAAGCUUGGUGAUGUGGGCAUCACCGAUACUAGAAAGGGGGGAUUUUAUGGAGCUGUUGGAUCCCGAUCUCAAUGAGAAUUAUGAUGAGGUCGAAAUGAGAAGAAUGGUUGUAGCUGCAUCUCUUUGCAUUACAAGGAGAGCUCGCCUGCGACCUCAAAUGAGGGAGAUACUUACCCUUCUGCAAGGGGAGGAGGACAUGGAGGCACGGAUGAGAUGCCACGUUGAUGCCAGCUCAGACACGUUGGAUUGCGAGGACGAUGAAGCGUAUCCAUGUUCGAGCAUCAGGUCUCAUGUAGGCCUGGCGUUGCUCGACGUUGAAGACGAUGCAUCGUUGGCUAGCUUUGAGCAGAGCAACCUUGGUUCUUUGGAUGAAUACCUAAGAGACCGGUGGAGCCGUUCUUCAAGCUUUGAGUAGAUCCCAUGAACUGUAUUUUUCUUCUUCUUUUUUCUUCGAUUCUUCUUCGAAUUUCUACACGAGUGCUUUGUGGCAUGACUGCGGAGUAUCAAAGCCAGUAAGAUGGUUUGCGGUCUCAACAUGAGAGAGAGGAUGCAAUAAGAGACGCACAAGAGAUUGCUCUGUUAGUGGCGGGGUUUUCUUCAGAGGAGAGAGAGAUUUGUACAGUGUGGAUGUGCUUGAUCAGAGUUCAAAUGUAUUUGGAAUGACGCGAUGUCUCUUGGGAUAA